AUGCCCAACAACAACGAUGCCACCAACGAAAUCGAGCGAACGGAGCGAGAUGAAACAUCUGGAAACAAGCUAAGAAUCUACCUACGACCAUCGGCGAAGAGGAACAAAGUCAUGCGUUUUCAGCUGUUCUGGAAACCAAUUGAGCAUCAAGUGCAUCACUAUCUCUGUACAACCACUGUUUCUCCUCCUCCUCAACACGACCAGGGCAAGAGGUAUUGCUUUAUGCGCAGGAACAGCAACACAGUGUAUUCAACCGGAACAUCAAAAAAGAAUGCCUACAUGGUUGCACUUCCAAGUUGCGGUUCAUAUGUCGCCACCGCUACACUCAAGUUCAAACAGCUGAAGGACAAUAUCACUCCCGAAGUUGUUAGUAAACUAGAAACAUUGAAUAAAGACUACCUCGCAUCCCUUCCAGACCUGGGCGGGGACACUGUCCUGGUUGAGGAAGAGCCAUCCAAAAUAUUUCAAUUUACAUUUCAUAGCUAUGAGCCAAAAGCCAGAGCUCCCACUCGCACAGCCAAAAGAAAACGAGACGAAUUCGAAGACUCGGACUCAGAUGUCAACAGCCGCCUCUCCCCUGAGAUAUCAAUACUAGCCACUAACUAUAAGCAAUCCAGGGUGUCUGACUCACAUUCGCAACCCAGACCUUCCGGUUCUUCAAGCCAAGGGUCGAUACAUGUGAAGCGGCGCUUAACCUCCCCCUCCAUCAUGUCAGCGCCAGCACGUCUCAAGAAAAAUACCCGAAAACUCGAGGGUAUUAUGGAAGAGACAGGUAUUAGAGAAAGAACUCAAGAAAAGGGUCAAGGAAAUAAAUGA